UUUCUGCAGACCGGAAGAUAAGCCAGUUUUCAUCUCAAGCAGCACCUCUUGUUUAUAUGCGAUCUUUGAUCUAACUACACACUGACACUUGUUGGGGAAUACAUGUGUUCCUAUGUGUUGUAGUUUACUAAUUUACCGGCAAAUGAAGAAGCCAUAACCGAUGACAUUUUUAACCUAAGUGAUGCUGCUGAGAUUUCCUGAGACUGUGCUGUAGGCGGAUACACACCAAAACAAGUGCUGUUAACUUUCAGAUAAGAUCAUUCGUGGAUAAGAAAGGACACUAUAAACUCACAUACCAGAAGAAGCGACCCAGCAGUGUGAAACCACUCACCUGGGCUGCAGGCAUCUACACAUUCCACCUGCUGCUGCUGCCACAAACUCUAGGGAGAAAGUGCUGGGUGAUGGACUGCUGAACGGCUUGUACGUUGCUACAAAGUGAGCUGUGUGCAGAGUGAUCAACAGGACCGAAAGACAUGGGGAAGCAGAAUAGUAAGCUCCGUCCUGAGGUGAUGCAGGACCUGCUUGAGAGCACCGACUUCACCGAGCACGAGAUCCAGGAAUGGUACAAGGGCUUCCUGAGGGACUGCCCGAGCGGGAACCUCUCCAUGGAGGAGUUCAAGAAGAUCUACGGAAACUUCUUCCCAUAUGGAGAUGCCUCAAAGUUCGCUGAGCACGUCUUUCGCACAUUUGACGCUAAUGGCGAUGGGACAAUAGACUUCCGGGAGUUUAUCAUCGCGCUAAGUGUGACGUCGCGUGGCAAGCUGGAACAGAAGCUGAAAUGGGCGUUCAGUAUGUAUGACCUGGACGGAAAUGGGUAUAUAAGUAAAGCUGAGAUGCUGGAGAUUGUACAGGCAAUCUAUAAGAUGGUGUCCUCGGUGAUGAAGAUGCCUGAGGAUGAGUCAACACCUGAGAAGAGGACAGAGAAGAUCUUCAGGCAGAUGGACACCAACAGGGACGGCAAGCUGUCUCUGGAGGAGUUCAUCAAAGGAGCUAAGAGCGACCCCUCCAUCGUCCGCCUGUUGCAGUGCGACCCCAGCAGUGCUGGACAGUUCUAAACCUGAGGCAUCAACAUAACCUUGCUUCUUUGGGUGACUCUGAAUGCCCUUAACUCUCCACUACGGAGCAUACUGAUGAUGAAGGAUGACAAGCUGAUGACGAUGAAGAAGACAGGCCUUCAAUUUGCACUGAGGACUUCAAAGCCGGGCACAGGAGCCACACUCCACCUUGAGCCGUGUAUCUAAACCCUCCAAACCCCAAUAACCACUGAACCUGAAGACUCUCCCAAAAACCUCAUCAGGUUAUCUAACCCCACUGAUUGUAAUUGACCAGGACCCCUCAGUUCUCCUAUAGGCAUGUUAGAGUACCAAGAAGGUCUACAGUAGGUUGUAUAUAUAGAGUAUAAACUGGAGUCUCUGUAUCAAUGUCUUUGCUUGGCUCUCUGUGCCCUCUGAGGCUCCAGCCGGGGUGACACAAAGCCUCUAUCACUCUAAUGUGUAUCAAAGAGUGUGUGCAUGAGACAACAAAAGAGAGAUGAUGGUGUUGAGUAACAGGACUUACUAUAGGUGAGAUUAUUUAAUCUACAGAGAGGACUUGUGAAGUUUGUCCUUCACUCAGAAAGAGUACUGCUUUUAGUUUCCUCUUUUCUACUGUGAGAAUGUGUACGCGUGUUUGUGUAUUUUUGCAAACUUGAUAGACUUUGUUUCAUAUUUUGUGCUGGAACAACAAGAACAUGUAAUAGUAUGCUACUAUGCAUAAGCACCCUAAUCAAUAGUUUGAUUUUGUGAAGUGUCACUGAUGAAACGCAUCCCUUUAUCAAUCAUCUGUUCCAGUGGUUUUUGAUAUCGGUAAGAAUUUGACAGAACCGUAGAGAUGCAGUGUGUUACUGCACUCCAUCUUAAGAUAAAAUAGACGACUAGACCUUUAAGUAUUUGAGUAGUGUAGAUAUUAUAAGUGCAACUACAUUUGUAAAGCAAAUUCAUAGUCCAGAAUGCUCAGUUCAUAACAAAUGUUGGAAACGAUAAUAAUAAAAAAAAAGUGUUUGUCUAUUUGAGCUGUUGCAGGAUAUCAAGCAUGCAAACCAGUUUCUUUUUUUGACAUGUACUAUGUGAGGAACAAAGACACACUUCUUCACAUUCACUUUCAGGUGUCUUUAAAUGCUGCAUGUUGAAUCAGUCAUUGAACAGUCGGGUACAGCGGUGCAUAGACUAAAUAACACAUAUGCAUGUGACUUAAGCGCACGUGUGUGUUUGUAAUGUAUGUUUAUGGAUAUCAGUGGCUUUAAUGGCCAGCCGCCCAUCCGGCUCUGAGCACACUUCUGUAUGUUAGUAUUGUCAUCAUUAAGACUACCAGUAGUCAGUGUUAUUGACAGUGUAUGGGCUGCCAAAGCUGACACACCUCAUGGUUCAUAUGAAUAACUUCAUGAAGGGAAACAAAGAGGGGCUUUAGGAAAGACCACCAUGCACAACAAACUAUACACAUAAAGACACAAGCUGUUUAACAGGGAUGCUGGAUAGUCAGAACUUAACCAUGUCUCCUCUUUCAGUUGAGCUGAAUAAUUAAAUCAUCCAGCUUUAUCUGUAAUAGGGCCAAAUAUACACAGUGGACUGAAUCCUUUCUUCUCAGUCACAAUCCUCAGUCUACCUUCAACUAAAUGGAAUGUAUAUAAUUUGUCGUGUUAUAUAAAAUGAAUGACAUGAUGUAGGGUGACACAGCGUAAGUGCUGGUGUCCCACUACUGAAAUACAAACAACCAAUAAAUCAAUGAACAUUUUUUGGUCUUAUCUCCCCUCCCUCCUUAUUUCUUUGCUCAGCUGCAACAUAAAACUCCUAAAAAGAAAACGAAACCCUCCCUCUUAAGAUAUUUUUAGGAUGUUCAGUCGGGAGCAGGGAAUGUAACCGAGCCCUCCUCCAGGACUGAGCGAAGCCUUUUCAGCUACUGCAUUGUUUCCCAAUUAGAAAAGCUUUGAAUGUUUUAUUAAAUAACUGCUGUUUCUUGUAAAGAAAAAAAAAGAUGCAGACAAACAAACCGAGAAUCACAACUACUGCAAUGAUACUGUCACAAUGUGUUGCUUUUAUUGUAUUUUUAUAAUUUACCCUUUUUUUUCUAGCUGCGUCAGGUAUAACAUUUCUGUCAAAACACAAAAUAGCAUCUUGUGGUCAAGUGCCAAAUAAAAACAAAAACAGUAUUGUAUAAAUUUAUACUGUACAAUUGUUAUUAUCUGUUGAACAAAAUGUUUGUAAUUGUUGCAUUUUGUAGGUUUUGUAUGGUAUUCUGUAUUUAGUGACUGCAGUUUUGGAACACAGGAUUCUGUUUUUUGGUCAACUUUAAAAGGCAAGAAUUAAAUUUACAAUUUAUUGUGUGCAA